AUGGCAGAGGGUGUUCUUUUCAACUUAGCUGGAACAGUGUUGGAAGCCGUGGGUAAAGCAGCCAUAAAAGAGGCUGCGUCCUGGUGGGGUGCACGAGACGAUUUGAAGAAGCUGGAGAACACCAUCAAGUUGAUCCAAGCUCGAGUUCAUGAUGCUGAGAGGAACCAGGAAGAGCCAGGCAGAGAUUGUGCCAUCAAAGAGUGGCUUCGGAGGCUGAGGACAGUGCUUUACCAAGUUGAUGACCUGUUUGAUCUUGUCCUCACCGUUGACCGGGAGAAACAACAGAUGAAAAUGAACAAGCAGGUUUGUAUUCCUUUCUCGAGAUCAGGCACUCUUUGUUUUAACUGGAAAAUAUCUAGAGAAAUCAAGUCUAUUCGACAACAACUUGAUGAAAUCAAUUCAGAUAUUGCUGGCUUAAACUUGAAUGCCUAUCAUGAUCAUAGAGGUGAACCACAAUCACUAAGGGCUCGCUUCAUGAGGAAUAGAGAAUCAGGCUCUCAUGUGAAAGAAUAUGUCACUGGUCUUGGAAAAACCACUCUUGCUCAACUGGUUUUUAAUGAUGAGGGUGUUCAGAACCAUUUUGAUCUUACUAAAUGGGUCUGUGUACCUGAGGUAGGUGAUCAAAACACUGUAAUUAGGAGAGUUUACCAAUGCUUCACCGGUAAAGAGGAUUUUGAUAGACUCCUAUUUAGCGCGAUUGAAUCAUGCAUCCUAGAAUCGAUAAAGGAUAAGAAGUAUCUUCUUGUCUUAGAUGAUAUAUGGGAUGAAAGUAAACUUAGCUGGUUGGAUCUUCUAAGUUUACUUAAAUGUGGUGCAACUGGAAGUAGAGUUAUUGUAACAACACGCUCUGCUGACGUUGCAAAAGCUGUUGGGACAACAGAAGCCCACAAUCUGGGACUUCUAACUGAAGAAGAGUCCUGGAAUCUUUUCAAAAAAUUAGCAUUCCGAUCAGAGCAAGAAGAGAGUAGUAAUUCUUAUUUGACUCAGUUAGGGAAGGAGAUCGUUGAUAGCUGUGGAAAUAUUCCCCUUGCUAUCAAGGUUGUAGGAAGCCUUCUUCCUGACAUUAGUGAGGAAGCGUGGCGACAAAUUAGAGAUGCUCGACUCUCAAAGGCAAAGGGGAUGGCAGACACAAAGGCAAAGGGGAAGGAAGAAGAUGAUAUCAUGAAAGUGCUGAAGUUGAGUUAUGACUACUUGCCACCGGCAUUAAAGCAAUGCUUUGCUUACUGUUCAUUGUUUCCAAAGGACUAUGAAUACAGUAAGAAUCAUUUGGUAAAACUCUGGAUGGCGCAAGGAUAUUUUGACCAAUCAAGCACAGGUAUUGGAGAGAAAUACUUUAUGAAAUUGUUGGGGAGGAGCUUAUUCCAAGGUCCUAGAGAAGAUGCUGAAGGGAAUUUCAAAUGCAAAAUGCACGAUUUAGUGCAUGACUUGGCUCAAGAUAUAGCUAGUGAAGAGAUGAAACAAUUGGUCGAGCCUUUAGACCAGAUAUCUUCAACUGAUGAACUUAUACAUGUGAGUGCUAAAUUGGAAAAGCCAGAAGAUGGUGGAUGGGAAGCUCCAGUGUCGUUGCUUGCUGCUAGGAAGAUACGGUCAUUGAUACUGUUAAGACUCAAUGUUAAUAUUGCUAUCAAAUCAUCAUCUCUUGAAAUGAUGAUUUUGAAAUUUCAGUCUUUGCGUGCCUUAGACUUAGAGGGUAAGAAGAUCUCUGUGCUUCCAAAUUCUAUAGGGAAGUUGAGACACCUGAGAUACCUUAAUCUUGCAAGAAAUGAUCUUAUUAAAUGUCUUCCUGAUAAUAUAACAAGAUUACAGAACCUGCAAACACUGAAUCUUUUGAGAUGCUUUAAUCUUAGAGAGUUGCCUAAAGAUUUUUUGUAA